AUGAAUCUCUCAGCCCUCAUCUCCCUCCUCGGCCUGUUCUCCGCGGCUGCCGCAGCCCCCAUCACCCCGCGCACCACUCUCCCCCGCCUCGGCGGCCUCAACCUUGCCGGCUGCGACUUUGGCAUGAACGUCUGGGGCUGGUCCGGCACGUCGAUGUGUCCCCCCAUCUCCCAGAUCGGCCACUUUAUCGAGCAGGGUUCCAACGUCAUCCGUCUUCCUGUCGGGUGGCAGUAUCUUGUCGGCAACAAUCCCGCCAGCACGACCCUCGACGCAACCUAUUUUCCCAUCUACGACCGCCUCGUCCAAGACGUGACCAGCCGGGGCGCCUACGCCAUCAUCGAUAUCCACAACUAUGGCCGGUGGAACUCUGGCAUCAUCGGCGCGGACGGACCGUCCAACAUGGCAUUUGCCUCCCUCUGGUCUCUCCUGGCUAAGAAAUACGCCGACAACGACCAUGUGAUUUUCGGCCUCAUGAACGAGCCUCACGAUCAAGACAUUAUCGGUGUCGCAGCCGCCUGUCAGGCCGCAGUCAACGCUAUCCGGUCCGCGGGAGCUCGGAACACAAUCAUUCUCCCCGGUAACCAAUGGACCAAAGCCGAGACCUGGACUUCUGGGGCAAACAACCCAAUACUCGCAAUCACUGACCCGACCGGCGGACUCGACCGCCUCCUCCUCGACGUGCACAAGUACCUCGACGCUGACGGCAGCGGUACGUCCCAUGAAUGUGUAACGGAUGGUCUAGACGUUCUCGCACCGUUUGUCGGAUGGCUCAAGACUAAUGGCCGCCGAGCUAUCAUCACCGAAAUGGGCGGGGCGAACACCCAGUCGUGCCAAACUUACAUCCCCAAAAUGCUCCAGUAUGUCGUUGAUAAUAACGACGUCUUUGUCGGAUUCACAGCUUGGGCAGCAGGGAGCUUCCAGCCUUACCCAGGCUACGAGCUGUCGCUUACACCAAACGCCGACGGCUCGGAUAACGCCCUCUGGACAAAGGCAAUCAAGCCGUUCCUGCCUGGCAAGUCGGGCGUCGUUUCGUCCACCACCACCUCGAUCUCCAAGCCGGUCUCUUCGUCCUCUGUAGUCGCCUCGCUGUCGAGCUCCAAGCCGGUUCCGACCUCGUCGUCGCCGAGCGUCAAGCCGGCCCGCUCCUCGUCCUCUGCCCCCUCUGCCGCGUCGUCCUCCACAGCCGCAUCGACCUCCAAGCCCGUGACCCCCUCAUCCGCCGCCUCGUCCUCCGCUUCGGUCCCAGCUUGGUCGUCUCAGCCCAAACCCUCCGUUCUCGCUGGCAACUACCAGACCUUCACGGGCGCGCUGGGCGGCUUCUCCGCCCCCGCAGUCACCAAGGCCGGCAACAAGUACUAUACCAACGGGCAGGAGUUCAACUCGCUCAUCGACGCCCUCGACCGCUCCUGCUACACCCAGAUGGACCGCUGCCAGCUCUCCGCAAACGUAAACGGCAACGUCCCUCCUCUGACUGUCGCCAACUGUAGUAACGCCCAAUUUCAGGCGUGCAUGGCUGCUGCCAAGUAA